AUGCUCUCUACUGGUUUACUUUUGUCCAUCGUUGCUACGGUUGUACUAUGCGAUGGUGACGCAGAAAGUGUGGUACGUGAAAUGACAAGCACUAAGGAUGGUGCAACAUGGUGUCCAGUACCGGUCAUUGGUACACAAUGUCCAUCAUCAAGCAUUUUUCAUUAUUACAAAUGUUGCGGUACUGCUAACAAAGAAUGCUGUUUCAAUCUACAGACAUGGGUUAUUGUCGUUUUGGCAGUAAUUGCAGUAAUGAUGCUUGCAUCAUUCGUACUUUCAGUUCUACGUUGCUUAUUCUGCCGUCGUUAA